AAAAGGAAGAGAAGUCAUGUGGGAAAUCCUCGAUCGAGGCCAAACAGUUUUCGAUUCCCACGAGAGUUUCGAGAGAAGGAGAGAAGCAGGCCGAUUUGUGGAGGGCCUCUCGUAUCGUAAAGUCCAACCCCCCGGGGGCGGAGGAAGAACAAAGAGCCAUGGAGAGUGGCACGAGAGGCACGCAAAGAGAGAAUACUACAUCGGCGCAGGACGGUCGGCGCACACGAAACCUCUCCCAAGAGUAGGUGCUACAUGAUUGGCUAACCUCCAUGUGUGGGGGCGGCCUAACGGCGCUUCGACGGCGGCCUCGUUGAAAAUAUAAGCCUGUGUGAGUGUCCCCUGAUUAGCCAGAGUCAGAACGGAUCGUCGAUAGUGCGAGAGUCUAACUACGCGAUACUAACUCUUUCUUUCCUUCUUUCUCCUUCUAUUUUAAUUUCUUUUUCAUUUAUACAUUUUAUUGUUAGAGUUUUAGUUGUUUUUUUGUUUUCAAUUUAUCAUCCCCUUUUUAAGUCAGUCAUUAAAAGAAAGAAAAAAAGAAAAAAAGAAGAAGAAAAAGAAAGAGAUCGGAGAUCUCUACUGGUCCGCAAACGUUCUUCAAUUCAUUUAAUUCCUGUUAGUUUCGUUUAGUUCGUCUCCACGCGCUCAUCGUUCUUCUCAUUCUUCUUCGGUCCUGUUCACUUCCAAGGUCCUCCUCGUACUCGUUCCUCCCAUUAGACGACUAUAUAAUAUCCGAUGGACAACGGUCUAUCUGUCUGUCUGUCUGUCUAUAUAACCGACAGUUUACUUCGUUAACUCCGCUUAAAACUAAUCAAAAUUAAUCAUAACCCGGCAACGAUUGAUACCAAUUGCUUUGGAUUCCAUUAGAGGCGCCAAGCGGUUAACGAUCGCCUUUCUUCCUAUUAAAACUUUGCUUUCCUUACUAAAGAGGAUUUUUUGACCUCCAUCAAGAAGAAGGAUAAGCAAUAAGGAUAAACAAGAAGAAUAAGAAGAAGAAAGGAAACAAUAACCAUUGAUUGAGGUUCUUCGUUUGGAUCAAUCCAGCAAUCUUCAAUUACUGAAUUCAUUCACUACUGCUGCUACUGAUUAUGCUGACGACGAUGAUAAUGAUAUUGAUGAUGACGAUGACGAUGACGAUGACGAUAAUGAUGAUGACGACGACUGUGUGAUAUAAUAAUUAUCAAAGUGUUUUACUUGAGGAAUCAUACGAAGAAUCUUGAAGUUAUAUUCUUGGAUUAUCAAUUACAUACGGAAUAAUGGACGGUGGUCCGUUCGACGAUCCAAUAUUUUCCGACUUUAGUGGUCGAGGUGGUACCGGGGUUCACAGUAUUCAAGUGAUGCUGGGCUUACACAGCGGACAUCAUGGAAAUGACUUGAUGCCAACCGGUGGACAUCUUCAUAAAUUGGAUUCCUCAAAUAGUCCACCGCCUCAUCAUCAAACGGCUCAUCAUCAUUUGCAGCAACAACAGCAACAACAACAGCAGCAGCAGCAACAACAGCAACAACAGCAACAGCAGCAGCAACAACAACAACAAAAAGAAUUGAAGGAAUUGGAAUUAGCUGGUAUGUACGCACCCUUACCUCAAACUCCGGAUGUAACAACAUCGACGACGACCACUGCAACACCGACUUCUACGACUCUGCAACAAGGUCUUCAACUUGGUAAUUCUCUAAAAAGGAAGCCGGAUGAUCCUAUGAACUCUCUUGCCCCAGUGAGCGGUGAAACGCAAUCGGCUAAGAAGGACUCGAAAAAGAAGACCGAUAAUAAUGGAAUUAAAAAGAAGAAAACCAGAACUACCUUCACGGCCUAUCAAUUGGAAGAAUUGGAAAGAGCGUUCGAACGUGCACCUUAUCCUGAUGUGUUUGCUCGCGAGGAAUUAGCUUUAAAAUUAGCAUUAUCGGAAUCUCGAGUACAAGUUUGGUUUCAGAAUCGACGCGCAAAAUGGCGGAAAAGGGAACCGCCGCGUAAAACUGCCAGUUACAUAGCUACCGGUUCUGGUAGUCCUGGGAUCUCAGGUUCAUUCCCAUCUUUGAAUAAUACGUUAAACCCGUUUGCGUCUCCGGCGACAGCAGCAGCACCACCUGAUGCUUGGACCUAUACACCAGCUUACGAUUUAGCGCCACAUUUGAAUCUUUUAAGUCCUUCCAACUCGCCAUACACGACGUCUUUUGGUGGUCCUAGCAAUAAUGGAUCGGCAUACCCUUAUGCAACGAUGUUGCCUCAACACGAUGCUUCCUUAUUUUCUCCGCCUACCAGCAACACUAUGCGCGUUCAUCAAGAUUACAUGAACGCUAGUAAUAGCCCACCACCACCUUUAACGCGUAAUGAUUAUCAAACAAUGGUUACUACAACUCAUUCACCUCCUACUCAUCUUGGUGGUUCAAUGUCUGAAGAUGAACAUCAACAAAAUAAACAGUUGGAUUAUGUAAGUGGUCUUAGUCCAGCUGAUAAAUAUCAGCACGACCAAACGGAUUAUUCACAACAACAGCAACAACAACAGCACGAUCAGAAACAAGAAUAUGGUAUGCAUUCACCGCAAGGACGUCAAAGUAUAAAGGAUCAGGUGAUGGUCAAGAGCGAACCUAACAGCCAACAAAGUUACGUGCAGUUGCCUCCUUUUCUCAACUGACUCGAAAGCCAAUUUCUAGAUUUAUUCUAGAUGGCUUUUAUCGUUACUACUCGGACUUUACCACGUGAAUCAUUGUGUCUAAAAACUCAAGAAGAUCAUGGUUUUUCUUCUCUUUUUAAUGCGACAUUCUUUAUUUUUUAUUACGCGGAACACAUCUACGUAGAGAAUUAAUUUUUUCUACGAGAACACGAGACAGCUUUGCAUACUACAAAUGGUGUUUAAGAUACUUUUUACACUUCUUUUUUCUUUUAUUCUCACUUAUACAUGUUAUGCAAAUUAAUAUUGUUAGUCUAUUAUUGUUAGUCUAUUGUGCUUUAUAUGAUAUAUGUAUGUAUAGCAAGUUAAUCAGCGUGUUUUUUCGUGAUAUAUACGAUUAAGUACUAAAAUAAUUGAUCAUUAAGAAAUAAAAUUUCAAUUGGCAAAUUUAUUUGCCUCCCAAGUACGAAUAGAAGUAUUAUGUAAAAAUUAUAAACUACUUUUUUUUUUAUCAUUGUGUGAAAUACGAGAAAUUCCGUCUUUGUCGCGGAUUAAUUUAAUUUCACGUCAAUUCUUAGUUGCAAUUAUUUCUAUGGUAUUAAGUUAAUUAAUUAAUUAAUUAAAUAACUUUCCCUGUCGUGCGUUAUAAAACGCAUGCAUAUAUUUGUAAUAAUGCAUGCAAACGCAUUAGGAAGCAAACGAAACAGUCGGAUUUAUUAUCUAGUACUAUAUGUACGAAUUUUAUUUUACAAUGUUUAUUUCUCGUAUUAAAAUAAUUUUGAAAAUAAAUCUAAAUAUUUAGUUAAAA